AUGGAUAUUGCAUAUGAUCAUAUCCAGGAGGAAGCUUUCUCUAACAAAGAAGAAGCUCCUUCUGAAGCCAAAGCUCAAGAAUCCAACAGCCUCAAUGACGAGCUACAAGAAACCUUCCGUGCCUUCUCCGCCAGCCCGUGGGGUUCCCGAAUCGGAGGAUUAUGGGACAACGUGCGCAAGCAGGGAGAAACCUACUAUGAAGGCGCUCGCCAGGAGUACGCAGCUGCGAGCGAAGAAGCCGUGAAGGGGUUCUCAGACCUGAAGGACACACUUGCCGAUCGAACAAAGGGGCUUUCUCUCAGCACCGUUGCUCUAGCGAGCAGUGGCGAAGGACAAAGUGACGAGACCACCACACCUAAGGCAUCUGCAGAUGGAGAGUCCCUGGAGAAGGGAGAAGGCGCUGGCGCCGACGGAGAGAGCUUUAUUUCUCGGUUGAAGGCGGAAGCUGCCCGGCGGCUAAAGGAAAUCGAGAAGGCCGAGGAGGCCGCAGACGAAGCGAUCAUGAGAUUCGGAAUGAAUAUCAGCCAGAAGCUGCGCGAAGCUGUCAGCAUUGUACCUCCGGAGACCGACGAAUCUGGCAAGCUUCUUUUCGAGAGCAAGGACGCCGAAGGCAAGCGGGUCAUUCACGCCACACGAUUUGAGGCUCAGCUCCACGUUAUCCACUCGAACCUCGAAAGCUUCACCAAGGAUCCCAUCAGUGACGAGUGGGCCGCAUUCAAGAAGGAAUUCAAUGUUGAGAGCAAGACAGAUGAAAUUGCUGCCGACCUGGAGAAGUACCCCGAGCUUCGGUCGGCCAUGGAGAAGCUCGUGCCGGAGCAGGUGGAAUACACCCAAUUUUGGACUCGCUACUACUUCCUGCGUCUUGUCGUGGAGACUGAGGAGAAGAAGCGUAAGGAACUACUGAAGGGCGCCAACGCCGAAGACGAAGAAGAGGUGGGAUGGGAUGACGACUCUGACUCCGAGUCCCAAUCCCCAUCCACUCCUCAGGUUCGCUCUGGCAACCAGACUCUUGCUCCCACCACAGAGACCCCGAAAGCCGAGCCCCGUCGGUCAAAUGACCAGCAGUCCCAAGCCGACAGCGAGUCCAGCUACGAUGUUGUGAGCGGUGCCGCUAGCAAGACACCCGGAAGCCCCAAGGAGAAGGAGUCUGCCUCCAAGGCCGAUGACAGUGACGAGGACUGGGAGUAG